CGCGGCAAUUCAGUCAUAUUUGAAAAGCGAAACAAACCAAACAAACUUGGAGGAGAAUUUUCGGUGAAAUCCGAAGCUAUUCAACGCAAAUUACUGAACGAGUGUUAUUUAUUUUGAACUUAUACGUGAAGAAAAUCAAGAAAAAACAAUGCCAGCUAUCGGAAUCGAUCUCGGGACGACGUACUCCUGUGUGGGAGUGUGGCAACAUGGAAACGUGGAAAUCAUCGCCAACGACCAAGGGAACAGGACCACUCCAUCCUAUGUUGCCUUCACGGACUCGGAGCGGCUCAUCGGAGACGCGGCCAAGAACCAGGUGGCGCUGAACCCCAGCAACACCGUGUUCGACGCCAAGCGACUCAUCGGACGCAAGUUCGACGACCCCAAGAUACAAGCAGACAUGAAGCACUGGCCUUUUAAGGUGAUCAGCGACGGAGGCAAGCCGAAGAUCCAGGUGGAGUUCAAGGGGGAGGUGAAGAAAUUCGCGCCUGAAGAGGUCAGUAGCAUGGUGCUGACGAAGAUGCGGGAGACGGCGGAGGCGUACCUCGGAACGUCGGUUAAAGACGCCGUCAUCACCGUGCCGGCGUACUUCAACGACUCUCAGCGCCAGGCUACUAAAGACGCCGGAGCCAUCGCCGGUCUGAAUGUGUUGAGGAUCAUCAACGAGCCCACAGCGGCAGCCCUGGCCUACGGACUGGACAAGAACCUGAAGGGCGAGCGCAACGUGCUGAUCUUCGACCUCGGCGGCGGCACAUUCGACGUGUCGGUGCUCACCAUCGACGAGGGCGCGCUGUUCGAGGUGCGCUCCACGGCCGGCGACACGCACCUCGGCGGCGAGGACUUCGACAACCGCCUCGUCAACCACCUCGCCGACGAGUUCAAGCGCAAGUACAAGAAGGACCUGCGGCAGAGCCCGCGCGCGCUGCGGCGCCUGCGCACGGCGGCCGAGCGCGCCAAGCGCACGCUGAGCUCCAGCACCGAGGCCACCAUCGAGGUGGACGCGCUGUACGACGGAGAGGACUUCUACACGCGCGUGUCGCGAGCUCGCUUCGAGGAGCUCAACGCAGACCUGUUCCGCGGCACCCUGGAGCCUGUAGAGAAGGCUCUUAAAGACGCCAAGCUCGACAAGAGCCAGAUCCACGACGUGGUGCUAGUCGGCGGGUCCACACGCAUCCCUAAAAUCCAGAGCCUGCUCCAGAAUCUCUUCUGCGGGAAGAAGCUGAACCUGUCCAUAAACCCGGACGAGGCGGUGGCGUACGGAGCCGCCGUGCAGGCCGCCAUCCUCAGCGGCUCCACGGACGCGCGCAUACAGGACGUGCUAUUAGUAGACGUGGCUCCUCUAUCCCUCGGCAUAGAGACCGCCGGCGGCGUCAUGACCAAGAUCAUCGAGCGCAACUCCAAGAUCCCGUGCAAGCAGUCGCAGACCUUCACCACGUACUCGGACAACCAGCCCGCCGUCACCAUCCAAGUGUACGAGGGCGAGCGAGCCAUGACCAAGGACAACAACCUGCUCGGCACCUUUGACCUGACCGGCAUCCCGCCGGCACCUAGAGGAGUGCCCAAAAUCGACGUGACCUUCGACAUGGACGCUAACGGGAUCCUCAACGUGUCGGCUAAGGAAAACAGCAGCGGGCGUACCAAGAACAUCGUGAUAAAGAACGACAAGGGGCGACUGUCGCAGGCGGAGAUCGACCGCAUGCUGGCCGACGCGGAGCGCUACCGGGACGAGGACGACAAGCAGCGGCAGCGCGUCGCCGCACGGAACCAGCUGGAGUCUUAUGUCUUCAGUGUGAGACAGGCACUCGAUGACGCCGGCGACAAGCUCAGCGACGCCGACAAGACUGCGGCGAGGAAGGAGUGUGAAGAUGCCCUUAAAUGGCUGGACAACAACACCCUGGCUGAACAAGACGAGUAUGAGCACCGGCUGAAGGAGGUCCAGAGAGUCUGCUCGCCCAUCAUGAGCAAGAUGCACGGGGCGGGGGCGGCGGGCAUGAACCCGGGACCGCAGGGCCAGGGACCCACCGUGGAGGAAGUCGAUUAAAUGGCUACAAACGUUUCAGACAUUUUGUUUUAGUAUUACUUUACACUCUGUGAUAUUUGUGCUUAGGGGACUUGAGUUUAUGUUCCUUUGAUCGUCUGGUUGGUUCUGAUAAUAAAUAAAUACAUAAUUUAUUUUGAUUAUA